CUCUGGCCAGAAUAUAAAUAACCCUAAAAAACAUAUAGGUUAGGUUAUGUUUACUCUUUUUAAUUUUAAGAUGUCCCAUUACUUUUCAAUUUCUUACGGACUCAAAUUCUCUAGGGAUUUGUUUACCACCAAGAAGCUCUUAUUGCGAACAAGAAAAUUUACCAAGAAAGGAAUUGUUAGAAAUUUUUCUGUAGAAAGAACCCAAGAAAAUGACCAACAAUCUGAAAAUUUUGUUCCAUUUCUUGAGAGGAUUGACCUGAAACGUUCGGAAGCUAAGAAAAGUAUAAUAGUACAGGUUCAGUCAGCAAACUCAUUCAAAGAAUUGCAUAAUUAUUGUAGUUCAAUAGGAAAAGUUGAGGGCAUGUUUCAUUAUACAUCAGGGGUCGAGCCGCUGCAUUUUAUUAUUGUAGAAUUCGAAAAAGAGCUGGACGCGAAGAACAUUAUGGACACCAGUAAUUAUUUGAAAGAAAAUAUGGCCAUUCCAACACACUCCCAUUUUUUGUGGUUCAGGGCUGCAAAUCGAAAAUUGGCUAAAUUGAAACUGAACCAAUCGCCUAAGAUUUUUGUUAAAGAUGGAACUAAAAUAUUAGAGGAAGCAGAUAUAAGAGAGGCUUUGAGUAAAUGUGAAGAAAUUUCAGAUCAAAUCAAAGUAUUGCACAGUAUCACCAAAUUAAAUGAAGUUGGUACUAGACUGAGGUUUCUCACUGCCCAUCAAGUAGAAAAAGCUGUUUCUGGUAUGUUUCCUUAUGCCUGUGCUUAUCCAUUCGGCUCAAGUGUGAAUGGUUACGGUAAAAUGGGAUGUGACUUGGAUCUCAUUUUGAGACUAGAAGAUAAAAAUCUGGAUGACAAAAAUACAGACACAGACAGUAGACUGGUGUUUCAUUGCAAACCAGUUAUGGGAACAGAAAGAUCAGUGACACAAAGACACAUAGAAACCCUUGGCGAUAUAAUACACUUAUUCCUUCCAGGUUGCGGAAAUGUUCGAAGAAUUCUUCAAGCUAGAGUCCCCAUAAUAAAAUACCAUCAACAGCUGACCGAUGUAGAAUGUGAUGUAUCAAUGACGAAUAUGUCUGGGGUUCACAUGUCCGACUUCUUGUACAUAAUGGGAGAGAUGGAUGAUAGGGUUAGGCCUCUAGUUUUCUGUAUCAGAAAAUGGGCCAACAUAGUAGGAAUUACAAAUUCUUCUCCCGGAAGGUGGAUUACAAACUUUUCGUUGACGCUCUUGGUUUUAGCUUUUCUACAGAGGCCUAUAAAUUCACCGCCAGUAUUGCCAUCUUUAAACUAUUUAACAAAGUUUGCAGGAUCCAAAGAUGAAUUUGAAAUUGAAACUGGCAUCACCUGCAAGUUUUUACGAGAUAUAAGACAGUUGAAAUACACGACACAAAAUAAAGAAUCAAUGGAAUCACUAUUGUUGGAGUUUUUCGUGUAUUAUUCCCAAUUCGACUUCUCCAACAAGGCAAUCUGUCUGAACGAAACCAUCGACAUCCUCAAACCAGAAUAUAGCCCUCUGUACAUAGUAAACCCACUAGAACGGGGUUUGAAUGUUAGCAAAAACGUCAGCCUGGAAGAAGUGGAGAGAUUUAGAGCCGAAGUCAAGAACGCGGCUUGGAUUUUAGAAUCACGAGAAAAUAAUAAAUUGGGGCUUUUAUCUAUCUUCGAGCAGAAAAAGACAACAUCUGCAAAUACUUUCACGUUCCAGACAAAACCUAACAGGCUCAUGAAGGUUAGUGAUUUGUUCGAAAUUGAAAACGAAGGGGAUUUGAAAGAAACAAAUAGAAAACAAAAUUUCGGUCUCAAGAAAAAAUCACGGAAUGAUAGCAUAAUUCUGAAAAACAGACAGAGGUAACAGCAAUGUUGAAUGGAUUUUUUUUAUUUAUUGAAGUAUAUAUCUACAAUAAAGAGACAUUGUUUUUUUUAA